AGUGGCGAUAGGCACUGAACAUACAGUAGGACCCGAUGAGGAGGAACGCGGGUCGCCAUUUCAUUUUCGUCGACCCCCGUCGGCCCUAACGCGCCAUGUCAUUGCCGCGACAGACAGUUUCCUGUUGGGCGGCCCAGCCAGCAAGGAGUAACCUAAAGGUAGGUGUGUUCCGUUCCAGUUGCGGGGGAGCGAUGCGAGGGAUGCUUGCUUCCCAGCUCGGCCAGGCACUUGUUAUUUGAGCACCUGUCGCGGUGCACCGGCCAAAAGUUGCAUCACAUCAUGCACUAAGCAAAGGUUCGCAUUAACCGUCCGCUCGAACCCGUACUUAGUGCCCACCGUACUGGCCGGACUGGUGUGCACUCUAUUACUAUGCUCGAGUACAUACCUUACCUACCAGGUAUGAAUGUUAGGAUGGCAACACUUCAUCACGUCAAAGGUUCGGUUCGGCAGCUUCUUAUUAGUUUGCGCAUUGGGCAACUGAGCGCACCGUCGCUUCCAUGGAUUUGGACUAUCCUCAAGCAGAGACCUUAGACCCGGCCAGUCAACUGCUGUUGGAACUUGGUCCGGUCCGCCGUCUGAGGCUUUUAUUUUCCGUCUACCCGCCACAAUCAGGGCGAGCGCCGUUGGAGACACAAGGUACCUACAGUUACAUACACUACAAACUCUAGACCCAAGGAUCGUUCUAGACCUACUAGGAGUUCUAGUGUGUUGCGUUUACUUUGUACCACACCAGAGUGAUUCCGAAGGACGGGGCUAAACAGGGCCAUCUAGUCAGCUAAGGUCGAGGUCAACGGAAGCACUUGGAGCCCCGAAUCUCUGUGACCGUUCCUAGCUAAUUAGCACCCAGGUUCUGGGAUUUUAGCAGCGUAUUUGCGUCCAUCCCUGUGGCGACGGGGGCUCCGUGAUGGUUAGCCAAGGUCGUCGGGGUUGGACUGGCAAACUGGCAAACUGGCAAACUUGUAUCUGAACCGCCUUGUGACCUCUCUCUAAUAUCUAGAGGAGGUAGAGAGUAGGUACAGUACAUACAGUGCUGUAUGCACUGACCUACAUGCACGACCUUGACGUCAAACUAUUGAUAUAUACGCGUGCUCUGUACCUCCAACUCCAUGCAAACGUUUGUCUUUCUUGUUCUACACAUCGUCCUCUCAGAGAAAGCCGGCCGGACCGGGCCCAAGAGGGAGGCCAGCCACGGCGCAGGGUGCCGCCUAUUGGCCGAGAGAGGUGCCAUGCGCGGCGCAUUGCGUCGGUAUUCAGGCUUGACGACAACAGAGCGAAAGAGAAGGAGACAAAAAAAGGCCAUAGCGCGCAGCCUCACAUCGGCCUUGAAGUCCCGAGAGGCAGCCAAUUGCCUUGGAAUGACACAAACCGGUAUUUAUUCCGAACUGCUAUUGUUUUUCAUGCCAUUUCAUUGCUGGAAACCACGCGCGUAUGCAGCCCGGUGGAGUGGGGAAAGGGAAAGGAACAAGAAGGAAAAGGGAAGCUGCUGCAGCGCCGGAGCUUAUCGAUAACCACCCGCCGCCCCCCGGCUUGGGUGGCACGGGCACUAAGUAGAUUGAUGAGUGGGUGGACCAGGACCAGGGACGGCAAGGUGGGCGCGCGUGCGCGCGCGUUGUUGCCUUUCCCAAUCCAUCCAUGCCAUGCCUCUCUCCACUGGCUCCCCCGCUUCCAUUCGAAAAGCGCCCACACCGCACAGCUCGCGCUCCGGAUGCAGAAAAAUUGC